CAAAACCCCCUUCUUCGUCCACUUUAGGUGAAACAGUUACUUCCCCUAGGGUCACAAACCAUGUACAUGUUACUUCCUUACCUUCAAAUUUAAAUGUAACUAAUGCAAGCCAAAUGAACCAACGGACUACUAAUGAGGAAAUGGAAAAGGAGCUUACUUCCGUUCCUUCAACUUUAUCUCUUGAUGAGGAGAUAGACCAUGAUGAUUUCUUACAAAGAUCCAUCAAUAAUGAUGCAAUUAGUAAGUUUCUUGAUCAAAGUUCUUCACAAGAUGCCUUGAGGAUCCAGGAGGAAGGUAUGAAAUUAACUUUGAACAUCAAAUUGUUAUAAUUCAAGCUUUAAUUCUUUAUAUCCCAUUAAUGAUUUUUUGUUGCUUUAUGAAAGUAUCCAUCCCUACGGUUAGGAAGACAAAUAGGAGACCGGAUGCAAAGCCAAGGGGUGUUAACAAGUGCAAGAAAGUGGGAAAUCUUAAAGAAGGUGAGAAAUUAGAGGUGAAUUUUUAUAACAGUGGUCCAGUUGGAGACAACCAUAAGGAAAUGACAAGGCACAUGGGCAAAAUUGUUCGAGAUCGCUUAAUUUGUCCAGUUAGAGUGCAUUCAUGGAACGAGAUAGAUGAUAGUGCAAAGGAUCAUAUGUGGAAAUUAGUUGUGAACAAAUUUGCAGGAAAUGGCUUUGAGUUGGACCGUACAAUAACCCUCUGCCAUUUGAAAAGAUUGUGGCAGAACUGGAGAGGGAUCUUGAUGCAGAAUUCAAUAAUCAAAAAAGGUGGUACAGAAAAUGCAUUAAAAGAAACGCCAAAUGAUCUAACAAAGGAGGAUUGGGAGUGGUUGGUAAAAGAGCAUUUUACAAGUUCCAAUUUCAAAAAAGUUAGUUCUAGAAAUUCCGGAAACAGAGGACAUUUAACAAUGCCUCAUCGCACUGGUAGCAUGCCAUUAGACAAAUGUCAGAGGACCUUUACCAGUAGAGCAGAACUUAUGGCACGUAUCCAAGAGAAGGAACGAGAAAAUGUUGACCUUAACAAAAAAAUAGAUGAAAUAAAGGAGGACUACGGCAAAAAGAUGAAUGAUAUGGCAGCACAAUUAAACAUGUUAAUGGAAGCUCAUAUUCAACGAACUAGUGGUCGGGACCAAGCUAUGCAUAACGUUCCAGGUGACUACGCUUUCUAA